AGGAUCUGAGGAGGAGGCAGAGCCACAUUCACUGCUGAUCAGAGCUGAGUUCACUUCAUCCUGCAGAGUCAAACCUGAGGAACCCCAGCCCCAAGUCAGAACAGAGACCCCCAAAGCCCCGCUGCACGCCUCACGGGUCACGGGUCACGGGUCAGAACUGUGAGGAGCUGCCUGACACCCAGCCAGGAGCAGAGAGGUAGAGGGGUGUGACAGGGGGCAGCCAGACCAGCAGACAAGCUGCUGCUGCAGGGGGAGGACGAGCGGGCGAUGCACCAGCCGAGGCCAGAGGUCAAAAAGAAACGAGAGAGAACCGUAAAGAGGUAGACUCUGAGCAAGACCAGGGUCGUUUGUGAUCCGAGUCAGAACCCCAGCCUCUCUUUGUUCAGGCCACAGAGCGGGGAGGAGGAUGUGAAGGAGAGCAGGGGGGCCGAGGAGGAUCAACCAGAAGAAAUGCUCUCAGAGAUCAUGUGCAGGAGGAUCUUCCAGCAGCACAGGCAGCAGGAGGAGGUCGGCCUCCGCAGGAAGAGCUGCAGCGGGCGCCUGCAGGGGCGGAGGACAGGGGGGGGCGGGGGGCCCAGGGGGCGCAACCCCUUCCAGCGACAUCACCACCAUCACCAUCAUCAGCGCCCCCUGAUGAAGGGGCUGUCCCUACGUCCCGUCAACGUGAAGGGUUUCAGAGCCAGGGGGAUGCAGGCCCCCAAAAACACCAACCAGUUCCUGAUGCACGAGAAGUACCAGAUGCAGCACCUGAGGUCCGACUCGGUGGGCAGCGACGGCAGCUGCAGCUCCGACAGCGACGACCUGGAGCUCACCGACAUGGACUCCUACCUGGGGGUCCUGGAGAACGCGCGGGGGGCCCUGCUGGACAGUCCGACGCACGACUCACCGGAGCCCCCAGAGGAGCUGCUGGUACUGCACCGGGUCAGUCCCCGUCCACACCGGGACUGUCCUUUCCUGCAGGAGGACAGCAUGCAGUACUUCCCCUCCGAGGACGACCUGCUGCAGAGCCAGAACUUCAUGCAGAGGGACUUUGUGGAGUUCUGUGACUUCCUGUCAAACUGAACCGGGUCAGGUUGGUUCUGAGUCGUGUUUAUUGUAAAUAAAAUAAAUAAAAAUACCUCUUUUCUGACGAAUCAUUUAGCCUUAACUCUGGAAGGAUCAAAUGAUUUCACCAGUGUCCAACAAAAAAAAAAAACUUUUUUAAAGUAUUUGUGUCAUUUUUUUUAAAACAAACACAAGAUUGAAGCGUUUUAAGGGAAAUUGUUGUAUUUUUGUGACCACAUGUUGUGUUUUUGUGCUGUAAAGUGCCUCUUUAUGCUGUUGUUGUUCACAAAAAGAAAAGGGCUGGAUGGUGGGAGUGAGACCAAACAGCCAAUCAGCAUCGACCUGGCCCGAUGAGGCUGCAGCUUAUUGGCUGACAGAGACUGUCAAUAACAGAGGAGCCAUUUGCUGUGUGAUGGUAAAAAUAAAUAAAUGUUUGAUGAAAACUGA